AUGAAUUCUCUAUCGCCGUUCACACCGCCGAUAGUGAAACGUCUGUUGGGUUGGAAGAAGGGAGAUUCAGACAAAGAGGAUAAGUGGUCCGAGAAAGCGGUGAAAAGUCUGGUGAAGAAGCUGAAGAAAUGUGGAGGUCUUGAUGAAUUGGAAAAAGCCAUAACGACACAGGAGGCCAACACCAAAUGUAUCACCAUACCCAGAGGCGGCUUGGCUGGGGUUGAACAUUUUCAGAACUACUGUCUCAAUUUAUUAUCGAUAAAUUUGAUUCAUUCUUUGUUACAAUUCUGUUUAAUCUGUUUGAAUCCUCUCUCCCCCCUCUUUCUCUUCUUCUCUCCCCUCUUUCUUUCUUUCUUCUCUCCCCCUCUCUUUCUCUUCUUCUCUCCCCUCUCUUUCUCUUCUUCUCUCCCCCCCUCUCUUUCUCUUCUUCUCUCCCCUCUCUUUCUCUUCUUCUCUCCCCCCUCUUUCUCUUCUUCUCUCCCCCUCUCUUUCUCUUCUUCUCUCCCCCUCUCUUUCUCUUCUUCUCCCCCCUCUCUUUCUCUUCUUCUCUCCCCUCUCUUUCUCUUCUCUCCCCUCUCUUUCUCUUCUCUCCCCUCUCUUUCUCUUCUCUCUCUCCCCCCUCUCUUUCUCUUCUUCUCCCCCCUCUCUUUCUCUUCUUCUCUCCCCCUCUCUUUCUCUUCUUCUCUUCUUCUCUCCCCCUCUCUUUCUCUUCUUCUCUCCCCCUCUCUUCUCUCUCUUUCCUUCUUCUCUCCCCCUCUCUUUCUCUUCUUCUCUCCCCCUCUCUUACACUUGUGCUCCUUAGAUGGUCGUUUACAAGUGUCACACAGAAAGGGUCACCCACAUGUAAUCUACUGUCGCCUGUGGCGGUGGCCUGAUUUACAGAAUCACCAGGAGUUACGUGCCCUUGAUAAUUGUGAAUACGCUUAUAAUUUGAAACGAGACGAGGUUUGUGUGAAUCCAUACCACUAUACCAGAGUGGAGGCCCCAGUUCUUCCCCCGGUUUUGGUUCCUCGACACCAGCCCAAUGAGAUUCCUCCAAGGGAAAGCUUCCCACCAUUAAAUGACUAUGCAACUACAGUACCAAACACGGAUUUCCCUGCUGGAGUUGAUGAAAAUACUUUCAAUAUACCAGUUUUCAUAACCAUUUUCUCUUUCCCCCCUGUUAUCCCUGCCUGCCCCCAUUUUGGAAUCUUGGCUCUUUUUCUAUCUCAUCUACCUGUCUUGGCUCUUUCCAUCUCAUCUACCUGUCUUGGCUCUUUCCAUCUCAUCUACCUGUCUUGGCUCUUUCCAUCUCAUCUACCUGUCUUGGCUCUCUCAUCUACCUGUCUUGGCUCUUUCCAUCUCAUCUACCUGUCUUGGCUUCCAUUCCAUCUCAUCUUUCCAUCUCAUCUCUUGGCUCUUUCCAUCUCAUCUACCUGUCUUGGCUCUUUCCAUCUCAUCUACCUGUCUUGGCUCUUUCCAUCUCAUCUACCUGUCUUGGCUCUUUCCAUCUCAUCUACCUGUCUUGGCUCUUUCCAUCUCAUCUACCUGUCUUGGCUCUUUCCAUCUCAUCUACCUGUCUUGGCUCUUUCCAUCUCAUCUACCUGUCUUGGCUCUUUCCAUCUCAUCUACCUGUCUUGGCUCUUUCCAUCUCAUCUACCUGUCUUGGCUCUUUCCAUCUCAUCUACCUGUCUUGGCUCUUUCCAUCUCAUCUACCUGUCUUGGCUCUUUCCAUCUCAUCUACCUGUCUUGGCUCUUUCCAUCUCAUCUACCUGUCUUGGCUCUUUCCAUCUCAUCUACCUGUCUUGGCUCUUUCCAUCUCAUCUACCUGUCUUGGCUCUUUCCAUCUCAUCUACCUGUCUUGGCUCUUUCCAUCUCAUCUACCUGUCUUGGCUCUUUCCAUCUCAUCUACCUGUCUUGGCUCUUUCCAUCUCAUCUACCUGUCUUGGCUCUUUCCAUCUCAUCUACCUGUCUUGGCUCUUUCCAUCUCAUCUACCUGUCUUGGCUCUUUCCAUCUCAUCUACCUGUCUUGGCUCUUUCAUCUCAUCUCAUCUCUUUCCAUCCAUCUGUCUUGGCUCUUUCCAUCUCAUCUACCUGUCUUGGCUCUUUCCAUCUCAUCUACCUGUCUUGGCUCUUUCCAUCUCAUCUACCUGUCUUGGCUCUUUCCAUCUCAUCUACCUGUCUUGGCUCUUUCCAUCUCAUCUACCUGUCUUGGCUCUUUCCAUCUCAUCUACCUGUCUUGGCUCUUUCCAUCUCAUCUACCUGUCUUGGCUUUUCCAUCUCAUCUACCUGUCUUGGCUCUUUCCAUCUCAUCUACCUGUCUUGGCUCUUUCCAUCUCAUCUACCUGUCUCAUCUCUACCUGUCUUGGCUCUUUCCAUCUCAUCUACCUGUCUUGGCUCUCAUCCAUCUCAUCAUACCUGUCUUGGCUCUUUCCAUCUCAUCUACCUGUCUUGGCUCUUUCCAUCUCAUCUACCUGUCUUGGCUCUUUCCAUCUCAUCUACCUGUCUUGGCUCUUUCCCAUCUCAUCUACCUGUCUUGGCUCUUUCCAUCUCAUCUACCUGUCUUGGCUCUUUCCAUCUCAUCUACCUGUCUUGGCUCUUUCCCAUCUCAUCUACCUGUCUUGGCUCUUUCCAUCUCAUCUACCUGUCUUGGCUCUUUCCAUCUCAUCUACCUGUCUUGGCUCUUUCCAUCUCAUCUACCUGUCUUGGCUCUUUCCAUCUCAUCUACCUGUCUUGGCUCUUUCCAUCUCAUCUACCUGUCUUGGCUCUUCCAUCUCAUCUACCUGUCUUGGCUCUUUCCAUCUCAUCUACCUGUCUUGGCUCUUUCCAUCUCAUCUACCUGUCUUGGCUCUUUCCAUCUCAUCUACCUGUCUCAUCUACCUGUCUUGGCUCUUUCCAUCUCAUCUCCUGUCUUGGCUCUUUCCAUCUCAUCUACCUGUCUUGGCUCUUUCCAUCUCAUCUACCUGUCUUGGCUCUUUCCAUCUCAUCUACCUACUCUUCUUCUUAGUUUUUAUGAUGUUUCAACCAUUGUACUCUCCAUCUAUGUCUGUUGUGAUUGAUAACCUUAGUAGUUUCCCAGUAAAUAAAUCUUUGAUUCACUCCACAAGGGUAGACUCUUCUCAUUUUGCUCUCUAUACUAGAGGUUAUCUUCUUGUUAAUUCAUCCUUCUGA